AAAAAAAAAAAAAAAAAAAAAAAAAGGCCCCCACCCCCGGGGGUGGGUGGCGCGGGGGGAGUGGGGAGGCAUCAUCGCCACUACAGGUGUAAUUGGGAAAUUUGGUGUAUAUGUCUACCGAUUACUGAAACCUAUUUUCCCCUUUUAUUUUAUGCAAGGAUUUUCGAAACCCUAUAACCCCCAAAAACUUGUCUAAACUCACCCAUUUCCUCAGCUCAUCAUCAGUUGGACAACUUCUUUCUUGACUCCGCUGAAUCAGUAAAGUAGUUGAUCACUUGAGGCUUAUGCACAUUAACAAUCACAGACGGGAUUAAAGAGGAAAAGAUGAGGAUGUGGAGAUUGUAUUAUGGUUGACCUUUUCUCUUAUGGUGUUAAGUAUAGAUGGUUGACAUCUGAUGAAAGCUUGUUGAAGUGAAAAAAGACGAUCUUUACAGAUCGAAAGAAAGAAAGUUUGCUUGGUAAAGAUUAGUGCUCUCAGCUCACAAUUGUGACAUGGCUGCAAAACCUAUUGUUGAUACCAUAUGGCGGGGUAGUUUCAUGAUCUCCCAUCCGAAAGUGAGUUUGAAUCUUACGGCCCAUCUAUCAAGUAAAGCAUGCGCAAAAGUAUGGCUGGCAGCUAAAGAGAUGGCGGAGGUUUUGUGUUUUGAAUUGCUUCCCAGGCUGGAUGUCUGGCCUAAGAGUUUUAAAAGUUCUAAACUGAUUGAUGAUAAUAUUGCCAUUUAUUUCUUUUCAGUUAAAGGCAGAGAUGAUCAGGUUUUCGACAAUCUGCUGUACAAUUUAAGACACUACGACUUUGCUUUAAAAGCCUUGGUUGGUGAUUCUGAACUCCUUAUUUUUACCUCUGCUCAACUGCCAGAAAAGCAUCAGAGAUUUGAGGGUCAAUUAUAUCUAUGGGGCGUUUUCAAUGGAAGACAAGCUCCUCCUCAACACUCAUCCGAUGAUUGUUUCAUUUAUAAUACCCGAGUGACACAAGCUUCAACCCCAAAGUUAGCUAAUGAUGUUGUCAUUGGGAAGGAUGGAAGUUGCAAUGAAUUCUCCAAUAAGAAAGACCCUUCAGCACCUGCCUCAAAAACAGCUAGAAAGGGAAGGCCACUUGAUGAUGCUUGGCAACAUGCUACUCCAGUAGAUGGAAAGAAACAGAGGACAAUUUGCAAGUAUUGUGGAUUUGUCUCUUCCUCUGGAGGCAUUACUUAUCUUAAGACACAUCUGGGUGGGGGUGAUCCAACGGGUUCGUUAAAGGGUUGUCCAAAUGUGCCACCUGAUGUCAAAAGGGUGAUGACAGAAUGGUUACAAGGAACUAUAAGAGGGGUGAAGGCACCACAGCUAGAGGAUAUCAGGACUGACAUGGAAGCAGCACAUACGUCAAAAAAAUCUGUUAGAAGGGGAAGGCCACUUGAUGCUGCCUGGGAACAUGCUACACCAGUUGAUGCAAAACGGCAGAGGGCUGUUUGCAAGUAUUGCGGUUUCAUAUCUUCUUCCGGAGGAAUUACACAUCUUAAGGCGCAUUUGGCUGGAGGUGAUCCAAAAGGGCCCUCAAAAGGUUGUCCCAAUGCGCCGCCAGAAGUCAGAAGGGUAAUGGCAGAGUCACUGAACAGAACAGUGAAAGGGGUGAAGGCCAUGCAGCCAGAGGAGAUCAGGAGAUGCAUGAAAGCGGAAAAUGUUUGGUCUCCUCCGAAGUCAGAUGACUAUUCGUUGAAUCAAUAUAGAAUUGUCAAGAAUGAGCAGUACUCAAAUUUAGCUAGUGGGGGAAAUCAUGUAAAGGAUAUGACCAUGUCAAAGCAAUCAGAGACAGCAUGUAUUGAUAGUUGUAUGGAGGUUAUAAGUUCUCAUAAUGCUUGUAAGUCGAGCUUUUUAAGCAAACCUACAACUAAAGUAGGUUUUCUUUAACAUAAUGCAUCAGUAGAUUGAGUACUAAGAGCUAGGAAGGAUGACUGCUUAAUCUAAUCCUGAGAGCAUGCUCCGUCAGUUUGACGUGACGAACAUACACGAGUACAGAUGAUGAAGUUGAUUCUGCUGAUUUAUCAGCGAAAAGGUUGGUUCUUUUGAUGUACAAAUCUGUUAUGAAUCAUAUCUUAACCCAAUACUUGGCUACUUCGUGACAUUGCUAGUGAUUGUAUCUAUGAAUUUGUUGCUAUGCUCCGUCCAUCUUGGAGUGAUUUUGAAAGAUCUAUUAAGCAGGUUAAGUCCUCCCUAGCAAGGGACACCAUUUGAAAGUUCUGAAGUCUGCUCAUUGCUGAGAAUGAGAAAUUGAAAUGGCUUCAUUAGCAUCAUGCGAGACUAAAUCAGCAAUGCUUUAGCUGAUGUUACCAAAGUGUUGCGAGGGUAAGAAAUAUAAUCUCUGAGUAAAGAUGUGAAGGAUGCUUCAAUGUGAGAUUGAGACCUUGGAAAUUGAAUUGAAUUUGACAUUAGCAUACACUCGAGUACUGACCAACAUCAAGGACAAACUUGUGUUAAUAUGCAAAUGCUCCUGCAAAUCAGUUGCCGAUAAACUCUCUAGAUUUUCUGUGUAUAUGUUUCUGUAUUUUUUGAGCUGCUGUUUAAAUAUAUUGCCCUUCGUGCAAGUUCGUCUA